AUGGCUCGGAUCAGUCUCUUUUAUAUCUUGACCAUCAUUAUCAUUGCCAGCGGGUCUAUCCCUAAAGGUUACGAUGAAGGUGGAUUUGCUGCAGUGGCGGACAUGCCGUCCUUCCUGCAUGAUUUCGGCCUGUUAGGGAAACAGUGGGAUGGCGACAAGCACGGGCUCAUUGCGACGAAAGCGAAUAUCACAUCAUUUGGCGUUCUCGGCGCGGCGUUUGGUGCCAUUCUCGCCUUGGCCAUAACAGAUAAGCUCGGACGUCUGCGGACGUGGCAGACGUUUAUGGCUAUUUGGAUGGCCGGCUUCUUUAUUACCACAUUCUCGUCUGGGAUAUUGGGGCUGUUGCUGUUCUCGCGGCUGUUUUCUGGCAUUGGUGCCGGUGGCCUCACGGUCGUGGCACCCAUGUAUCUCACGGAGAUUGCUCGAACCAAGUCUCGAGGCAUGGUGGUGUCCAUGUACAUGGUGAUGCUGCUAUCUUUCCUCAUGUUCGGGUUCUUCAUUAGUUAUGGAGCCAGAAAGUCUCUGGCCCCAUCCAGAGAGCAAUAUCGCGCUGUGCUAUGCGUGCCUUUGAUCCCUGGAGGCAUUGCCCUAUUCUUCUCGUCUUUUAUUAAAGAUACUCCUCGCUGGCUUGCGUCGAAAGGUCGCAAUGAUGAGGCUCUCACGGUGCUAUCUAGACUGCGUGGGGCACCUCCCGACGACCCAGCUGUCAAAAAAGAAUAUGCCGAGAUUAUUGAGCAAGUGCGAGAUGCGAAACAGCGGCUGUCUGAUACCACGACGUGGCAGAUUGUUAAAGAAGUUGCCACCAUCUCCAGCUAUCGCAAGCGAUUUCUCUUGGGCCUUGCAAUGCAGACAAUUGCUCAGUGGACGGGAGGUAACGGUAUCACAUACUACAUCCCCACAAUCUUCCGAUAUGCUGGUGUCCGCAGCGACAAUAUAUCGUUGAUCAACUCGGGUGCUUAUGGAGCGCUCAAGCUCUUCUUCACCAUGAUUUUCACAUGGGGCCUUAUCGACGUCUUUGGCAGGCGUGUCUGCUUCAUGAGCGGCCUGUUCCUCCAGUGCAUCACGCAUGUGUACAUGGCCGUGUACAUGGGCAUAUGGAUCGAUUCCCAUAACAAGGCUGCAUCCGAUGCUGCCGUUGCAUCUGUCUUCAUCUAUGCCGUUGGCUGGUCCAUUGGAUUGUGCACCAUCCAGUACCUGUACGGUACCGAGAUCCUACCCACACGCAUAAGAAGCGUCUGCUACGCAACCAACAUGACGGUGCACUGGUUCUUCCAGUUUGCAGUCGUGCGCGCCACGCCAGCCAUGUUCGAGAGCCUCAACAUUUGGGGCGCGUACGUGUUCUGGGCAUGCAUUUGCUUCAUCGGCCUCGUUUUCCUCGGCCUCUGGGCCCCGGAAACUAAGGGCGUCCCGCUAGAGAGAAUGGAAGAACUGUUCUCUGGCCCUUGGUACAUGGGCUGGAGAGCAAAGCUAGGCCCUCAGCGCGAUGCAGAAGAUGACUCGCUCGAGAGAUCGCCGUCAGAGGAUCUUGGCAGCAGUUCUGAAGCUGUGCAAGUGAAUAUGCAGACGAAAUAUCCUUGA